GUGCGGCUUUGCCAAUAAGCUACUGUUUGUGGGAUUUGACAGACGCACGCAUACACACACACAAAAGCCAAGGCCAUAUUGUUACCGUGUGGUUUCUUUUUAAGGGUUAGGGCAGGCGGGGUCGCCCGCAGCAGCAGCUCUUGAGGAUUAACUUGAUUAAUUGAAAGCUUCCAUCAAGCUGAUCUUUCUCGUAUUCUGGAAGGAAAAGAGCUUUUGGGAUUUUUUCCACCCUUCUUGUUCGCAUCUUGGACGCGCCAUAGAAUAAGUUUGUGCGCGUUAGAGAAACCAAGAAGGCUUGGACAGAGAGGACAAGAGGAGAUCGCAGAAGGAAAAGGUAUCUUGACAAAGGACUGGUGGUUUUUCUCUGACCAUGUCCCGACGAAGCCAGCGCCUUGGGACUGUUCGUUAUUACGAAAAUGACGAUGAUGACAACGGCAGUAACAGUGGAGGGAGUUCACUGUUGGAUGGACAGCAGAUGCUGUUUAAAGAUGGCUCCAAUAGCCGGAGCUUGAGAAGGAAAUCAAACAGUCUGAAGCGCCCUUCUCCAGCCCCUAGCCUGGGAAGCAACCCCACUGCCUUAACCACCUCCUAUUAUAGUGAGUCUGUGGUCAGUGAAUCUUACCUGGGUGAUGGCAGGGGACUUUCUGUUAGAGGCAGCAGCACUUUGGAUGACCCGCUGGACAACAGUUCUUACUGGAGCGAGGAGCUCUCAAUGAGGAGGAGGAGAGGUACUGGAAGCGUGGAAUCCAGUAAAAAAAUCAAUGGGUUGGCAGAAAGGAAGUCAUACGACACCUACGCAUCUUCAUCUGGCUACUCCUCUGAGGAUGACUACACAGGUCACACUUACUUGGAUCAGAACUCUUCUGGUUCUGGGUUCAGGAAUGCACUCUCCAAAGCAGGCUCUUUUUUGUGGCUGGUGCUGACAUCACCAGGCAGAUUCUUUGGACUGCUAUACUGGUGGAUGGGGACCACUUGGUACCGCCUGACUACUGCAGCCUCCCUUCUGGACGUCUUUGUCUUAACACGGAGCUAUCCAGUCCUGAAGAAGCUCCUCCUGUUGCUGCUUCUGUUGCUGCUCCUGACUGCUCUUGGCUACGGUGCCUGGUGUUUUUAUCCCUUCGGACUCCACCCUUCUGUGUUUUCUUGGGGAGCGGUGAAGCUCUCUCCUGUUGCCAAAAAGGGGGAUGAAGCCAGAGAUUUUGUUGUAUCCUCUGAGGGGCACCAGCAGGUUUUGUCUCGACUCCAGGCGCUGGAGAGACAUUUUGAUAACCUGGAAGCUGCCCUGUCAGUGCUUCAGCUGCAAAGAGGAGAAAAGGCAAUGGGAAAGGCAGCUCUGUCAGAUGCCGACACCCUGUCCCUUCUGGAUGGGCUGGUGAGACGACGAGAGACUAUCCUGCGAGAGGAGCUCCGUGCAGAGAGAGACCUUCACCUCCAGAGUGAGUUGGAUGCUUUCCGAUCCCAGCUGCAGAAGGAUCUUGACAGUCUCCUGAAGAAAGUGUCCCAAACUAAUGAGGAUACAGAGACCCGGAUGGUCCAAAUGACUUCGCAAUGGCAAAGCUCUACACAUGGUCUGAUGGGUAAUUUUCAAAAGGAGAUGAACAUGCUGGAGGCGCAGCUGGCAAGCCUGAAGAAGGAAUUUGUGAUCUUGGCCUCUGAUCAGAAAGCAUUGUCAAAACAUGUGGAUUCUUUGCCAGGGCAGAUCAAGGGAAUGCGGGAAGAUGUGGAAAUCCAGUUUCCCAUAUGGCUUGGUCGAUUCCUGUCCCAGAGUAGAGAAGAUGGAACAGGCAGUCUGUUCCUCCAACGGGAGGAAUUGCAGGAACAGCUCCGCAACCUGGAGCGCCAGAUCCUUGCCAAGAUCUCCGAAGGCCAACGGCUUUCUGCACGGGACGUCGGGGUAGUACUCCAAAGAGAAGGAGUCAUUGGAGUAACAGAAGAGCAAGUGCACCAUAUUGUGAAUCAGGCCCUGAAGCGCUACAGCGCAGAUCGGAUCGGAAUGGUUGACUAUGCACUUGAAUCUGGAGGGGCCAGUGUUAUCAGCACCCGGUGUUCAGAAACCUACGAGACUAAAACUGCACUGCUUAGUCUCUUUGGGAUCCCUUUGUGGUACCACUCUCAGUCUCCACGAGUCAUUCUGCAGCCAGACGUCCAUCCUGGGAACUGUUGGGCAUUCCAAGGCUCGCAAGGCUUUGCUGUCAUCCGCCUUUCAAGCAGCAUCCAUCCCACUGCUGUGACGCUAGAGCACAUCCCCAAAUCUCUCUCACCCAAAGGAACCAUUCCCAGUGCCCCCAAGGAUUUUGCGGUCUAUGGCUUAGCGGAAGAAGGGCAGCAAGAGGGCAUCCUCCUUGGGCAGUUCAUGUACAACCAAGAUGGGGAUCCCAUUCAAACAUUCCACUUCCAGAAUGAAGAUAGCAAUACACCCUUUCAGCUGAUCGAGCUCAGAGUUCUCAGCAACUGGGGCCACCCGGAGUACACCUGCAUUUAUCGUUUCCGUGUGCAUGGAGAGCCAGUCCCUUAACACCUCGAGUGCUGCAGCCUUGCUCGCUGGCUACCUCAAGUUCUGCGCCUCAGACUGACAAAAGGCAGGCAGAAAAACAGUGUUGGAAAGGAGAGCAACUUGGCAUAUGCGCUGCUUCUUUUUGUCACAUUGAUUAGAGAUGGGAAGCGUGGAAGCUUAAAAGGCCCCCCUUGGUCAAUUGGUUCUCUCUGGGGGCGGGAGAAACCCCUUUCAGUAUGCAGAGGGAGAAAAAGGGCUCCUUGAUUUUGGUGUCUUAAAUUUAGCUAUUUUUUUUAAGCCUAUGCAGUUUGUAUGUUCCCCGUUACUUACAUCGCCAAGCGGAUAUAGUUUCUGGUUUUUCCUUUAGAGAGCUGUGCCAUGAUGCCAUCAUGGUUCUAGUAGCGUUUAUGUAAUUACCAUAUUAUACUGGAGGGGGGAAUGUAUUUAUGAAAUCCAUCCCGGAUAAGGAUAGGAGACUUUGUGCUUUUGCUUUUCCAUUUCCUGCAUUGGCAGCAUUUUUUAAAAAACUUUACUGUAAAACGUGGCUUGCUGUUGACUGCAAUAGGAGCCCACAAUUCUGCAAGAUAGUAAAAGACAGAGGGAAAUAGGCAAUUAUUUAAAAGAGUGAAGCUGCAAUCUUAAACUCAUUAGGGAGUAAACUCCAUUGAGCAUACUGGAACUUACUUCAGAGUAAACAUGCAUGGGAUUGCACUGUCAGGUAUUUAACAACUAAAAGCUGAAUUCCUGAAAGAUGGGAAGGAAAGUCUACUUUAUCCCUCCUUUUUCCAUUAGAAAACAAAAUUUAGCCCCCUCAGUAUGCAUUACUGUUGAAACUCAUUCCCAUCCUGCGAUGCUUAAUUUAUUUGGGGGUGGGGGAAUGAAUAUUGUCAGGCUGCCAUACCAGCAUGAAACUGCUUACUUACCUUAAAUCCUGAUAGGUGCGGGCUGAUUGUUAAUGUUAAGUGGUAAAGGAAAAGCACUCUAUAUGCGUUCAGAGGCACUGCUUGUUACCUAACAGAAUGCGGUGUCCUGAGAUUAAACCAUAGGUUCCAGGGAUAAGCAUUCAUGUCUGGGUUCAGUUUUAUCAAAACUGAGCAUUUCCAUUUAUUUAUUUACUGCAUAUAGCCAAAGGCUGUUACAGAAGAAAUACAACCAUAUAUACAUAGUACAGAAUAAAAUAAUAGAUUAAAAUAA